AUGAAGAAGACACUCUGUGAUGACAUUGAAGACAUGUCUGAUGAGUCCUCUGAAGAGGAAACUCAGACCCAGUCCAAUAGAUUGAGGAAUGAACGCACGAUGGUCUUUGUUGAAACCAAAAGAAGUGCUGAUUUCAUUGCAACAUUUCUCUGUCAGGAGAAGCUCUCUACUACAAGCAUCCAUGGUGAUCGGGAGCAGCGAGAGCGAGAGAAGGCUCUCAGUGAUUUUCGCACAGGCCAGUGUCCGGUGCUGGUGGCCACGUCUGUCGCUGCCAGAGGCCUGGACAUUGAACAGGUCCAGCACGUUGUGAAUUUCGACCUGCCCAGCAGCAUCGAUGAAUACGUCCAUCGCAUCGGAAGAACUGGACGCUGCGGGAACAUCGGUCAGGCCGUGUCCUUUUUUAUCCCAGAGUCUGACACUCCAUUAGCUCGCUCUCUGGUCAAAGUUCUGUCAGGGGCCCAACAGGAAGUUCCCAAAUGGCUGGAGGAAAUUGCUUUCAGUGCUCAUGGAACAACAGGCUUCAACCCACGUGGAAAAGUGUUUGCGUCUACAGACACUCGGAAGGUAUGGCUCAUCACUUCUCAUGUGGCUGCCUGA